AUGCAUUUCAGGAUUGCCGCCCUGCUCCUCGGUUUGGCCGCCUUCUUCGUCAUGGCUGCUGCUGCUCCCUCCGCAGACGCUGCCGUUGUGGCGCGUGCCGAGAAACCAGCACAGGUGAAGAUAUUCCGGCUGUGGAGCUCGUCUUCCUCGAGGCAGCAGAUUGAUCCUCACCUCCGCGUGCGGGUCGGUGGCCUCGAGGGACCAGGGGUUUCUCUGGACCCGCGAGGGGCAGUGAGCAGAGACCCGGAAGUGGGAGGCCGGAUCGGUGGCCGCUCGAAAGAAUUGGAGCCUCAUCUCGAGGGUUCGGGAGCUGGCUGGUAUAAGAACAUGGAUGAGUGGUCUCGUCCCAGUCCCACCACGCAGCAGCACGCAGCCACACACCCACCACAUCCCACGAUGCAGCUCAAGGCAUUCACCGCGCUCUGUGCCCUUGCGGCCCUUGUUGGCCUUGUCGCCGCUGCUCCGACACCGGCAGCCGCUGACGUGGUGGCGCGCGCCGAGGAGCUGGAUCAACUCCGACUAAAACCGCCAUUGGUGAACACGAAGAAUAUAGACGUCUGGUAUACCCGGGUGAGAGAGAGAGAGAGAGAGGAAAAGAGGAUGCACUCAUGGAUUGACACUGUUUGUAAAUGGUACUACGGUCAUGGACGUUGA